AUGUGGACACCCGCACUCAGUCUUUUGAGCCUGCUGCUGCUUUGGCAGCCGGCACGAGCAGACACCAAUGACCAGACCACUGCAAAGGUAGAUCGAGGUACCUUCGAUAACCCCGCUGCCCGGCUUCGUCCGCGUUUUCGAUACUGGUUGCCAGACGCUGGCGUUGACGUCCAGACAGUGCAGGAUAAUAUUAAGUCUGCUGGUGCGAUUGGAGCCGGAGGAGUGGAGUUUCUGCCGUUCUACAACUACGGCGGGGAUUUGAUCCCGAAACCAACGGGUGCAAACUGGGCAAGGGAUGGCUUUGGAACUCCCUCCUUCCACAAAAUGUUCCUGGCCGCGCUGGAGGCACAUAAGGAGGCUGGCAUGGUGAUGGAUUUUCCCCUUGGGCCGAAUCAAGGCCAAGGCGUACCGGCCGACCCGAGCGAUGAAGGGCUGCAGUGGGAUUUGGAACCUUUCUCUGUGCCUGUCGAGAACGGUACGUUCGAAGGACAGAUUCCCGGAUGGGGUACUGGUGAUCUGGUUGCUCUAGUCUCUGCCGAAGUGCUAUCUACCCAGAAUGUCAGCCUGGGAGGUGGAUCUAUCUCAGGAAAGAGUCAAAGUUCAUACCUCUCUUUUGUGCUCAAAAAUGGCACUUUGGUAGACUGGGCGCAAAAUGUGUCCUCGAUGGGACAUGCCUCUCUCAAACUUCCCGCUGGAUCCUCGCAUCGCCUGUUUGCAUUCUACCAGUUCCUCACUCACGCGAAAAACGUGGUGCUUAGUGGUAACGGCGGGACCAUCUGGGACAAUGGCUCGUAUAUCGUGGAUCAUUUUAGUCCACGGGGUGCACAGGUAGUAGCGAAGUUCUGGGAGAAGUAUAUUUUACCAGAUGGGGUAAAAGAUCUCUUGAUGCAGGUUGGUAACUACGGUUGGGAGGAUAGCAUUGAGCUACGUUCAAAUGUAUCCUGGACCCCAUUACUUCCAAAAGUUUUCCAAUCCAAAUAUGGCUAUAACAUGAAGCCAUUCCUGCCCUUGGUUACGUUUAGAGACAACAAUAUCAAUAUCCAAACCCCCACCCCUGGCAAGUUCCACUGCAUCCUUGACACUCCCGACCAGGGCCUUGGCUAUUUCAACGACUUUCGUGGUGCGCUCGUGACAACCUACCGUGGCUACCUGGAAGAGUUGACGAGCUGGGUCAACAAAGAGCUCAACCUACAAAUGUCAGCUCAGGUGUCAUACAACUUGCCAAUGGAUAUGGAAGCCAACAUUCCUUUUGUGAAUGUCCCAGAGUGUGAAUCCCUUCAGUUCAAUAGCAAUAUUGAUAGCUAUAGGCAGUUCACCGGCCCCGCUAACUUGGCCGGGAAGCGUGUUAUCUCUAACGAGAUGGGGGCCGUUAGGUUGAAAGCAUACAAUCUACCACACAGCAAGCUGUUGAGCUUUAUCAAUAAAGCUGUGGUAGGUGGUGUUAAUCAGGUUGUCAUUCAUGGACAGUCAUAUACUGGUGAUUACUAUGGCACUACCUGGCCGGGCUAUACCGCGUUCGCUUACUUGUACUCGGAACUCUACUCUGACAAACAGCCCUCCUGGAGCCACGGCUUUGGAGACGUCUUGAACUACACGGCUCGCGUCCAGUAUCUACAGCAAUCGGGCGUACCGCGCACCGACGUUGUUAUUUACAAUAAGGUGUCUGGCACCGAUCCAAGUUUCCCGACGCUUUACUUGUCAAACGACUUGAUCGAUGCUGGCUAUACCUACUCAUACCUCUCUCCGGAUAACUUUGCUCUGCCCCAGGCCAGGGUGCAGAACAAGAACCUUGGGCCAGAUGGUCCUGCGUACAGGGCUAUGGUUAUCACUAGCAACAGCAACCUCACCCUAGACAGUGUGAAUUAUAUUCAAAAAUAUGCCCGUGCAGGACUGCCGGUGAUCCUUAGUGGAGGUGAACCUGGCGUCUAUGCAACCUAUGACGGCAGAGAUACAGCGGCGAUCAAACAGGCUAUUCAAGCAUUGAAGCAGUCCCCUAAUGUCUACAGCAUCUCGGUUGGAGAGGCUGGCGCUAAACUUCAGGACCUCGGUAUCCAGCCACGAGUUGCUUUGCAGACUAACGGAACGUGGUAUUCUACCUGGAGGGAGGAUGCAAUUAACGGCAUGGACCAUGCUUUCGUCUUCUGCGAUAGCAAUGCCUCGACUGGUACCGUUUCCAUUGCAAACAGCAAACCCCCUUUCUUCUUGGAUCCUUGGACAGGCCAGAUAAAGCCAGUACUCGAAUAUACUCGCCAGGGUAACCAAGUUAUCAUUCCGCUCAGCUUGGCCGCUAACCAGGCAGUCGUGAUCGGCUUCAUCAAGGGCGCCUCUAGCCCCGCGCAACACGUUACGCAGCUCCCCUCGUCCGUGGUCGGAUACGACUAUUCCAAGGAAUUCGGCUUUGUGCUGCACGUAUCAGGAAGCAAGGACAAGCAACUUCUGACCGUAUCUAACGGCAAAACUGUCAGCAUCGCUGGUACGGACCAACACGGGGCUUUUAACCUGUCCAAUUGGACACUUACGGCCGAACACUGGGAGGCACCCUCCAAUAUCAGUGAUGCUGCCACGGUCGCCAUCAAGCACAACACAACCCAUCAACUGUCUUCUUUAGUCUCUUGGGCUGAGAUCGAGGCCCUGGGGAACGUGUCCGGCCUGGGAUACUACUCGACAAGUAUCAGCUGGCCCCCGGCUAAUGUCUCUGCAGACGGAGCCUAUCUCACACUUCCUGCCAUCUAUCACGCUGCACGGGUUUAUGUCAACGGGCAGAAUGUCCCUCCAAUUGAUUUUGCUGCCCCGCGGGUGGACCUGGGUCCGUAUCUGAAGACGGGCUUUAACCAGGUCAUGAUCGUAGUUCCAACUACCAUGUGGAAUUACAUUGCCAGCAUCGCGAGUGGGAUUGAAUGCGUGGAUAUCCCGGCUAUGGCUUUUAUGUCGGCAUUUGGAUUGCCUGCUCCCCCCAUUACCGAUAACGGCUUGCUUGGCACUGUGACACUGGUGCCCUAUGUCAAAAUGCGAUUGGACUAG